AUGCUUGAAGAAUUCAAAUCCGAAUACCCUGAGUAAUUUGAAAACGAUGUAAAUACUAAGAUGGCUUUAAAAAGUGGCUUCAAAGCUUAUAAGUCUGAGGGUCUUGAUUACUACUUAGAACAUCAUGAAACCUUUCCCUUGACUCUAGUUUUAUUUUACGACAGUGAAUAAUUGAAUGAUAAUGUCAUGAAAAAUCUCACUGCCAAACUUCUUGAUGUUUUUGUCUACAAGUAUGAAAAGAAGCUAGCCAAGGGUAACUUCAACCUUGGCAAUGGGUUCUUAAGUAGUGCCUAAAAUAUCUCACAACAAAAUAAUUAGUCUACUUUUGAUCAAGUAUUAUCUCUCAUUUAUGAAGAUACUUUCAUCGAGUGGGUUAAAAUGAUAUUUAUUGAUUUGAAUGCACAGAACAUACUAAUUCCUUGGAUUUAUCUGUUCUACAAUGACAAUUUUGAUCAAGUAAAAUUAAUUUUCUUCAGCCUCCUUUCUAGACAAAAUAUGAUCACUGAACUUGAGAUUGAAUUUGGAUAUUGCACUGAGGAGGAGAGUAUCUUUCAAUCAUUUAGUCACGAAAUGGAAAGAGCUUUACCCAAAAUUAAGAAAACUUUUACUAUGAAAAAGGAUCAAAAGAGUGUCAAGGUCUAGUUUAAGGAUAUGAUUAAAAGGUUCACUGAUAAGACUAGAACAUUUGAGUUCAUGGUGAAAUUCAAAGUUGAAAUGGAAAAUAAUUAGGAUUCUUCUAGCAUUUACUCUGCUAAUGGUGGCACACCAUUAGCUCUAAUUGAAGAAAAAGAAAAAAAGAAAUUCUUAAAGAAAGAAUUAGAGAUUAAUGACUAGUCAGUGCUAUUUAAUAAGGAGAUUGACGAAAAAAAGCUGAUCAAGUUUAUGCUUGAACUAAUUUAUAAAUGCAACAGCCUCAUUGAUCUUAUAAAUCCAAAUGAUUCCAUCAAGAUGAUGGAGAUGUCUAUAAACAAGCAAGAUAUUAUGUUGGACAAGUCAAAGCUGGUGAUUAUAAAGUUAGAUAAGCUAUUUUUAGUGAUACCCUUGACAAUUACUAAGGUUGAAACCAAACUUAGAAAUGUUUUUAUUAACUAGAGACCAAAGAUGGAUGGACUUGCUAGAUUUAUGGAAUUCUAUCUUAAAACAUUUUCUUCUCCUUUAGAUAUGCCUAAAUCAGAUAGUCAUACUUAAGCCUAAGUAAAAAAGAAGUGA